AUGUGGCUAUUCGAAAUCGUCAACAAGAUCAAGAAUGUCGACAGCAAGUUGUCCGACCUGUGCAAGGAGGUGGAACAGCUCACCAAUCUGCUCACGUCGGUGGAGAAGACGGUCAAGCAAUGCCAGUCCCAGGUCUUGACGCUGGCGCACCUCGACCAGCACAUGUGGGAGCAGAUCAACACAACCCUGGCCGACUGCCAGUGCAACAUUGACGGCCUCGACCGGCUCGUCAUGAAGCUGAUGAGCCAAUACGACCCCGAGGCGAAAGCCUUUGCGAGGUUGCUGAAGAAGCCGAGCCUGCACUUCCACUUCGUUGUCCACAAGGACGAAAUCCAAGAUUACACAACCAAAAUAGUCAAGUCCAACUAUGCUAUGCAAACGACCCUGGCCGUAGUCAGCGUUUCGUUGAAUUUCCGGACAACCGUCUCGCAGGAGGCUAUUUUUCAGGAGUUGGAAAGACUGAACAAGCUGAUUCAAAAGUCCUUUGAAGCGGCCGAGCGACGAGAAGUAGUCCCCGACCCGUCUUCGCUGCGACAGAGCAUGAACCUCCAAAGCCUCGCCAGGGCCGCCAAACGCUUCCACACGGUCACGACCACGACCGCCAGCACCGCCUAUGGAGCCGGCGAACGCAGGCCCUCGACCAUCUUUGGAGGGAGCGAGAGCGGGGACUUGACCGAGGUCCGGAUCGCCGAGAUCGAGCAGUGGAGGAAAUUCAACCAGCUCUCUGUCGUCGACGAGUCCACGGAAGACAGCAUGACGGAGGUGUCGCUUUCAUCGGGCCACAGAGACACCUCGACCAUCAUAACAACCCCGGACACCGAGACGUUUCCGCGAGGCCAGCCGAAGCCAGCCAAGCAGCCUGCCGCAGUCGUGGACGACAGUGACGACGACUCCGACGUCGAGCUCGACUUCCUCCGGAACUCGGAAGAGUUGGCUUACGAGCGGUUCGUUUCGAAGGACUACAGCAAGGCCGAGAAGUUCUUGCGGAUGGCCGUGGAACGCUUGACGGGCGACGCCGCCGGAGCCUCCAACUUCAGGCAGCUCAAGCUCCAGUUGGCCCUCUGCUGCUGUCUGCAAGACAAAUGGAACCACGCCGCGGGCAUCCUCGACUCGCUGCCCAAGGCCAGGCCGGCCGACAACCUGCCCGUCCUCGAUCUCCUGCAGGCCAUCAGCAUCGCGCACCUGGAGGAAGGAAACCUGGAGGACGCCUACAACACCUGCAAGACCGUGCUGCAGGGGAAGAAGAAGGUGUUUGGGCGGGAGAGCCAACAGUACUACGGGUGCCUGUGGCUCUUCGCGUCGAUCCACGACAAGCGGGGCCCGGAACAUGCUCUAGAGGCCGAGACCGUGCGGCACUCGAUCCCCCGGGGGUGGACUCCGACCAUCCGGGACGUCCUUUCGUCCCCCAAACGAUUCAUCUUGGACCAAGAGGAUCUGGUACAGUCCAUCUUCGCCGGCCGGGGCGGCGGCGGCGGCGGCGGCCAAGAGCCCCAACCAUCUCCCUCACCUGCUGCUCCACAACAAGCUGUGGACGACGAGUCGAUCAGCAACUCAGAGCUCGAAGCAAGAGUAGACUUCUCCGGACACUGGCAAACGCUUCUGCUAAAAGAGCCAGCCAACGGUCUUUUGCGGGCCCAACGGGAAGAAGGGAGAGGGGCGUCGUCGAUCGGGGAGACGGACACCGGAAAGGAAAUGGUCGUGGACACUGGGAGGGACGAGGUCGUUCAGAACGUCCCGGGGAUCACAUUCAACUUGUUGCCCGAUUCGAGACGGACCUUCAACACAGAUAAUCAUGGUCCCGGGAAUCAGUUUGGCGGCAGCUCUGCAGGGUUUCCAGAUUGGAGGACACAGCAUGAACACCUCGCGACUUCACAGCAGGGCCUCCAGUACACUCAAGCCAUGCCGUCUCUGCGUCCCGUCUCCCCCAAAAGGCAUCACCAUAGCCGCUCCGAGGAAAUAAACACGCCCGUGUGGAGAUCUGUCAUUCACCCGACAGAUGACUCUCAACAGUUACCGAUGCGUAGCGUCUCACAACGGCUACCGCCGACCCCCAGUGUCCUCUUGGAGAACACAGGCGGUAUCCUUCGGAGCCAUUCUCAGCAGAGCCGACCCUUCUCGCGACUGGACAUGGGGGCUGUUCGAUCAACGCCGGAUCUGUCGUCAAACUACAAUGAUGAAGUUCGCCCGGAUGUGUUGAAUCAGAGGACGGAGUCGGCCCCAGCCCAUCUUUCCCUUGGUCACACAAAGUCCGUCAACCGCCCAGUGGGCCACAGUCGCCUCAUUGACAAGGUACAGCAGGCCCAGGCCCGAUCGACGGGUGUUCGAGAGAGGCCAUCACAAGCAACUCAACCGAGCGGGCACGGCUAUCACCAACAGAGCUAUCUCCAAUCUUUGACUCAGCCUGAGGCUGCGGGAGGAAUAGUCGAGGACGAGUUUUACUCGACUCUCGAAGUGGUGACUCCAAGCGACACAGCCACAUACGCGAACAACACUGCCCCAUGGUCCCCGUCGUCUCUACUGUCACCAACGUCGUCGAGCGGCCACCAACUCCGACGCUUCAGGUCCAACGCCAGCAUGCAGAGCAACUCAAGCCGCCGCACACGCUGGACCGUUCAGAAGGACAUUGGGAACAUCGGCCAGCCGCGGCCAUCCGUGGACCAGAGCCAGUUUCUGCCAUUGUCGACGUCUUCGUCAAACUCUGGACUAGGCUUCGUGGGCGUUUCGUUCGGUGUCGCCUCGGACGGCUCCGUUGCCGUGAGAACUGGGCACGACGAAGUCAGCAUAUGUCAGAUGCCCGCUCGUCCGGCCAAGCACGAAGCAAGCGUGCAAUCUCCCACUUCCGGCAUGCGAGGCUUCAUCCGCAAGGCGAAUAUGUACUCCAGUCGCAAACCCUCUCCGCUCGCGGACACUUCAGGGUUCACCGUCGACUCGUCGUCACCACGAGACUUGCUCAACGAUUUCGGUACACUCGGAGACACGUCCCGGCUCAUUCCAGACGAAAGGGAACUCCUCGCGAGACAACAGGCGGCAACAGCACAGAUCGAAGCAGAGGUGGCAAACAUACUGUGCCGCGGGCAGUCGAUCGCCGCCUCUGGGACCUUCAACUCUCUCAGGCUGGAGGCGCUGGUGUACGUCUUGCCGGAUCUGCUCGAUCGUACGUCGCGGGAGCUCUGGACGAAGGCGCUGGAGGAGGCUCCGCUAUUGCAACAUGCCAAGGUCAUCCCGCAAUCGUACGCCAUCGUGCAGUACUACCUCCUCACCUCUGGGCAGCUGGCCCUGGAUCACACAGACCCUAGCAAAUUCGAGACCGUCGCCGUCGUCCUCAACUGCGAGGAGAAGCUCGUCGACUGCACGCCGUACAGCCUGGAAGCUGUCUCGGGCGAUCUUGUCGAGAUACACGAUCUCCAAUCGUCGUACAUGGCAGAAAUAGCCGGCCACGGUCACGCCCAGGCCCAGUUUGCGAAGCUCGUGAUCGAUCAACUCAGGAUUUACGAGCGCGAGUUAUCACGCAAGUUCGAUGCCGCCGCGAUUCACGAGAUCGUAAAGUCCUGCUGCGACCAGUUCAACGACAAGAUCCUGCCCGGCUUCGACAGCGACGGAAAGGACUGGACCGUCGAGUUCGAGAUCCCGUCGGCCAUCCCCGGCUUCCAGCACGGGCGGCUCAAGUUCGCCAACUCUGAAAUCAUGCGCUGCUUCAUGCAGAGCGUCUCCAUGAUCCAGAAGAUGCUCGCUGACACCGUAACACAACUGUCGACGAGAAGAGAAUAUUCUACGCAUAUUCUUCUCGCCGGCUCCUACUCGAAAUCAAAGUAUCUCCUGAGUCGUCUCGACAACACCAUGCGUGAACUUCGGCAGCCAGGCUUCGGCCCGGUGACAUUGCUGACAACGGCAGAGUACGAUGAUGUUUGUGCUUUAGGAGCUCUGUCACAUGCUAUGGGCUGUUGA